AUGGUCCUGGCCCUCUUCCAUUGGACGGGGCUGCGGCUGCUGUUCGCAUUAUACCCGAAGUUGUGGCAGCCAGAGGGGCCCCAGAAUUCGAGGAACCCUGUGGCCCCGUGUGAACCUGGGCGGAGCAGAAACAGGCGAGGAUUGGGUGAUUGGGCUCGAGUGCUCUGGCUUUAUACCUCCCUCUCCAACAUCUGGACACUGGUGCAGUGCAUCCACCAAUUGCAAGCUGAGCAAGUGCAGGCCUUCUGCAAGCUGGAGGAAGGCCACAGCCAGAACCUGAGCAGCGUCCCAACAUACGACUUCGUGCGUUACUGGAGCACAGUGCAAGUGACCCAGGCCUUCGCCGCUUCAUGGGAGGUGCGGGUGAAGGCCGAGCUGGCCAGCCCCAGAGCACAGAGGCUGCUCAUGUGCCAUGUGUGCAGCCUACAGCUGCUGUAGCAGACCCUCACCACCUGCCGCUUCCCGCUACUCCAAAGCCUAAUCUCUCCCACUGUGGCCUACUGGGCCUACUCUGCACCCUCAAGCAAAGGGUUCCAAGGCCCCGUUGGCCCCACCCCUUCACUGCUUUUCUGGUGUCUCUUCUCUGAUAUGGAGGGGAAGGGAGUAGCCUUUGCCUGCUGUGAUAUCCUCCUUGCUGCCCCUCCUACCCUGCCCCUGCACCAGGUGGCCCUGCUGCAAUCACGGGGGGCACCAGAGCUGACAGGGCAAGAGGACACCCUACAGCUGCACUGGCUGAUGAUGAAGGUAAUUAAAACCAUGGAAGCUGUCAGCAAGGUUCUCUAGGACCUCAGGUUUGAUGCAGAAUUUGCUGAGGGAUGGUGACUCCCCAGGGACCAGCUGAGGUCAGACAUGGGAAAGAGGUUGGGCACCCAGCUUUAACGGCUAGCUGGCUGGGGUUGAGCCCCACUGGGCUGUUAACCCUCCUUGAGGUCACCACACCUCACACAAAUAAAGAACCCUUCACC